CUAACGUAGAUAUAAUACAUUUGAUUUUAAUGAUUAGUUAAGAUCCUAACCGUCUCAAUCUAAAUUUUCAUUAAAAAAAAAAUCAGCCGCUGCGGCCUUGUAUCAGAAACAAGUCGAACUGAACUCAAUCGGCGGUAAAACUAAAACCUCGCCAGAAAACGCGGCGGAGCUGGUCACAGUGGCGGAGCUUUGUGCAGACAGGAGUGACUCCCUCCUCAGUUAUUUACUUUCUCCGUCUUCGACGCAUCUCCUUGCAAUAGCGCAGCCGUCGACCACCCCGCUCUCCCUCUCCGGCGCAUCUCUCAUUUGUUAGAUUUCCCUUCUCUUUAGGCUUCUACCGUAGUGUGCGGGGAUGCAAUUCCAGCUCGAUUUGCUUUUCCUGGAAUUGUGUCGGAGCAUAGUACAGCUCCACUCUGUGCUACAAAUCCGCAAUUUCCAUUACAAUGUAGCUCAUUUAAAUUUAGCUCUCAUUGUUUAUAUGGUAAAACAAGCCAUUUCAUCUUUCCACCCAAUCCUUUAUUUUUUCCCAGCACAAUGCUAAGCCCGUCUCCAGUGAGUAAUUUAAUUUGUGAUAUGUCUGGUUCCAUUUUUGGAGGUGUCAUAAUUGGUUUUAGAGAUUGCUUAUCUGAUUGUUUCAAUACACUAAAAUAAGAAAAGUAGUCUGAAAAAAGAAGAGUGUGAGAGUGUUUUCAGAAGAAGUGUUGAAUGGAAUUAUCCAAGAAAUGCAAUCUUCUUCAACUUAGGGGAGAAGGUUGUGAUGUUGUGUACUGCUACAACAAGGUUAAGGUAUGCCUUCCACAAAUUUCUGAGGCUCUUUUCUCAUUACCCGAAAGAAAAUGCAAAAAAAUUAUCAUCCUUUAAUGGCAUCGAGGAUGCUGUUACCUUGUUCAAUCGCUUGAUUAAUAUACAGCCGCUUCCAUCAGUUGUACAAUUCAACAUGAUUUUAGGGUCUGUAGUGAAGAUGAAACAUUGCCCUACUGCUAUCUGUCUUUUGAAACAAAUGGCGUUGAAAAGAGUUACUCCUUCUAUAGUCACUUUGAGUAUCUGGAUCAAUUGUUACUGCCAUUUGGGUGAGAUGGGUUUUGCUUUUUCCGUACUCGGCAUAGUUUUCAAGAGGGGAUAUCAACCCAAUAACAUAACCUUGACGACGGUCAUGAAAGGGAUGUGUACCAACGGCGAGGUUAAGAAAGCAAUGGACUUUCAAGACAAAGUGGCAGCAGAAGGAAUUUUGUUGGAUGAAAUUAGUUAUGGGACCUUGGUCAAUGGUUUGUGUAAAAUAGGACAUACAAUAGAUGCCUUUCAGUUGCUGCAAAAGAUGGAAGGACAAGUGGUUAAGCCUAACAUAGUAAUCUACAACAUGAUCAUUGAUAGUUUAUGCAAAGACGGACUUGUAACUGAGGCUCGGGAUUUAUAUUUGAAAAUUCUUGUACUGGGAAUAAAUCCUGAUAUUUUAACUUACACUUCUCUAAUUCGUGGUUUUUGUAGUACGGGUCAAUGGGGAGAAGUUAAUCUAUUGAUGUGUGAAAUGGUUAAUAAAAACAUCAAGCCGAAUGUUUAUACCUUCAAUAUAUUAAUUGAUGCAAUUUGUAAAAAAGGAAAGAUGAUAGAAGCUCAAGGUAUGUUCAAUUUGAUGAUUGAAAGAGGUCAGCAACCAGACAUUGUUACAUUCAACACUUUAAUGAGUGGACAUUGCUUACACGGUAAUGUGCUCGAGGCAAGAAAGUUAUUUGAUACAGUUAUUGAAUGGGGAAUUCUGCAUGAUGUUUGGAGUUAUAACAUCUUGAUUAUUGGGUAUUGCAAGUGUAAAUGGAUUGACGAAGCUGUGAGUCUCUUCAAUGAAAUGCAUUGCAAAAAUAUGGUUCCUAAUAUUGUAACUUACAGUUCUCUUAUUGAUGGUUUGUGCAAAUCUGGAAGAUUCUCUUAUGCGUGUGAACUUUUUAGUACAAUCAAUGAACGUGGUCCACUACCUAAUGUUAUCACUUACAAUAUCUUGAUAGAUGCUUUUUGCAAAAUCCAAGAUAUUGACAUGGGAAUUGCCUUAUUUGAACUAAUGUUUAAAAGGGGAUUGACUCCUAGCGUUUUGACUUAUAACAUCUUGAUUAAUGGGUAUUGUAAGACUCAGAGGAUUGAUGAAGCCAUGGACCUCCUGAAUGAAAUGCAUGGCAAAAAUUUGGUUCCUGAUUCUGUAACUUAUAAUUCUCUUAUUAAUGGCUUGUGUAAAUCUGGGAGAAUCUCCGAUGCAUGGGAGCUUUUCAAAUUGAUGCAUGUUGGUGGACCACCGGUUGAUAUUGUUACUUACAAUACAUUAUUAGAUGCUUUUUGCAAAAUACAACAUGUAGCCUAGGAUAUUGCAUAUUAUUCAACCUAAUGUUGAAAAGAGGAUUGAUUUAUUACAUUUAUAGUCAUAGCCUAUUCUUUAAUUGAUGGUUUAUGCAGAGGUCAAAGAUCGAUGAUUGCAUAAGAGAUUGUUCAUCAUCGUUUGAUUUGUCUGAAAGACAUCACAUAUAACACUAUAACCAAUGGACUUUCUUAAGGUAGAGGUAGAGGAACUGCAUCAAGAAAUGAUUGCUGGAGGUCUGUACAAACGGCUAAACCUAGUAAGAUACUUUUGCUUCACCCAAAUUUAUACUUAUGAUGCUAUGUCUAAAUGUUUAGCUAUGUAAGUUUCUUUUGGUUAGAAGUGAUACUUAAGCAAGUUGUGGCCAAUGUACAUGCUUUUUUGAGCUUAUUUUAGCAUUGGAAUGUUGCAACUGGUUGAUUUAUUGUCUUUAUGUCAUUGUUAUUCACCUUUGCAAAUGUGU